CGAUGAUCCAAACACUAACAAAUCGAAAAGACAGCUGAGCUGACUAAAGUGGUACCUACGAUCGGUCUUUACUAAAACCAUAACAUCCGAAGAACGUUGGCAGGUAGAUAGAGAUCUGCUGAAGACUGAAAUUAGGAGUGUUUUACUUAAAAAACACACAUGGCAAAUCAACCAGAAGGAGGAAACGGGAAGGGUUUCAUACAAGCUGGAGCAGGUGUUUUUGUGUGGAAUGAUAAAAACCGUAAAUGGGAAUGGGCUAACAAGGACCGACUUCCCCUUUUGAAAGCUCAGAAAGAAAAGGCCAUUAAGAAAGGACCCAUCAAACAAACAGCAAAUGAAGAACAUGGUAAAAGGACCAACCCCUCAUUUAAAAUACCUGGUAAGAAGGCAUGUGUUCAGCCACUUCGAAGUCAUAACAGGACACCGCGGAAAAGGAAAGCAGCAGCAGUGAAGUCUCGCAGGAAAUCAGGUGAUGAUACAUCAUCCGAUGAAUAUUCUUCACAAAGUGACGAAUCCGAAGUACAACAUGACGGGAAGAUUUAUGUUCACAAACCUAGUGCUCUACUCAGAACCUUUGACAUGGGACUCCAGUCUGAUUCAAUUUUAAAUGAGAUGUUACAAAAUAGUGAAACUAUGGUAUCUAUAUUAUCAGCUAGAAAUUUACGCUUACAAGCAGGUUACACAUUCUGGAGACGAAGUCCAAGUGCACUAGUUACUUAUAUACUUAGGCUCAAUGAAGAUCCCAUCACAGUGGAUUUACUCCCAUUGCUAACACAAAGUAUCAAAGAGAAAUCUAUUAGUGGUCAUACACUAUCCAUGGGUGCAUGUUACGAUCUCCUGCCAACGUUACGACAUUUACUAGACAGUCAAUUUGAAGAUUAUAUAAAAGUAGCACUUGACAUGGUAAGGACAAUCAUUCAAACCUGGUGGAAGGAAUUCAAAGCAUUUAACUCAAAGGUAUCAACCGAAAGAGUUGCGUCUGAUUUUCUAAGAAGCCAGAGUGUUCAAGGGAUAUACAUUGUUCUAGUUACACUUACUGAUAAAAUUGAUGAGUUGUCAAGACGACCUGGUAACCUAGGCAACAAAGCUCAGGUGAUUCAAAGCCUUCUCUCCCAACUAUGA